CACGGUGCGUGGUGGUCGAAUUGAAGCCGCUGGAAGGACCGGACGUCCCCGGUCACUCCCUCCCUCCCUCCUUCCUGCAUGCCGGGGAAGAGUCCAGUUAUGCGGCUAACUUCCACACUCAAGACGCUCGGAAAAGUGAAACUCCGCCAGUAGAAUUCCGUCACUUCGGCGCUUCCCUAAUCGGACUCGGUGUGUUUUUUGAACGGAUUUAUGUCAAUUUCGAGAGCGGCUGCCAGUGAGCGAAGUUGCCCGCAAAGUGGCGUGCAAUGCCGGGGAAGACGACUUCGACGAGGAACCUGCACUGACCAGAUUUUGACGUUUCGUUUUUUUUUUUUCCUGCUCUUGCGUCGACACUAUUCUUAUUCUUUACCUUGGUGUUCUUAACCCAUCUACCACUUUUGGAAAUGCCUGGGAAAAGCAAAUACAACCUUGUGGAUGAUGGACAUGAUCUGAGGAUCCCGCUGCACAACGAGGACGCUUUCCAACAUGGAAUCAACUUCGAGGCAAAGUACAUCGGCAGCCUUGACGUGACACGGCCGAGCAGCCGAGUGGAGAUCGUGGCUGCUAUGAGAAGAAUUAGGUAUGAGUUCAAGGUGAAAAACAUCAAAAAGAAAAAGGUCAGCAUCAUGGUGUCUGCUGAGGGCGUCAAAGUCACCAUAAGAAAGAAGAAAAAAAAGAAAGAGUGGAUGUGGGAUGAAAAUAAAAUGAUGGUGAUGCAAGACCCCAUUUACAGAAUUUUCUACGUGUCUCAUGACUCCCAGGAUCUAAAAAUAUUCAGUUACAUCGCCAGAGAUGGACACAGCAAUGUCUUUCGAUGUAAUGUUUUCAAGUCCAAAAAGAAGAGUCAAGCCAUGCGCAUUGUUCGGACCGUUGGGCAGGCAUUUGAAGUUUGUCACAAACUGAGUCUGAAGACUGCACAGCAAAACACGGAUGGAAAGGUGGACUGCCAUAGUGAGAAUAAUGGCAAUGACUCCACCAUCACUGCUGUUUGUAUAUGUACUUUAGUUGGCCCGGGUCGGGAACUACCGGAUGUAGAGAAGACUACAACUGCUACAGAGGAGACCGACAUUGAUGCUGAUGAGGCAAACCAAAUACCAAUCUCAGAGGAACUAAACAUCAACAGAGGGGUCACCGACCUGGAUGCCACACCCAAGACAUCAGACCCCAACCACUCAGACAACAAGGUUUCAGAAGAGGCGUCUUUGCUAAUGUCCAGCCCCAGAAUGCUGCUCCCUGCAUCAAGUGUACUAUCACCUGGCACACCUUUGUCUGUGCACCACCAGAUUCAGCUGCUCCAACAGCAGCUUCAGCAACAACAGCAGCAAACACAGGUUUCUGUGGCACAGGUUCACCUCUUGACGGACCAACUCAGUGCAGAAGCUACAGCUCGACUGGAGGCCCAGGCUCGAGUCCAUCAGUUACUGCUGCAAAACAAAGAUCUGCUGCAACACAUCUCGCUGCUGGUUAAACAGAUCCAGGAACUCGAGACCAAAAUUGCAGGACCUAACUCCAUGGGAUCCCUGGACAGUUUGUUGGAGAUCACUUUCCGCUCCACUGUGCCCCCGGUAAUCUGUGACCCGACAACCCCUAAACCAGAGAUGUCCGCCCUGAACUUACCCCAGCUUUGCUCCACCGACGGAACCACUAACGCCUUUGCUACUUCCCACGGGACUCUGGGAAGCCCACUAGGUAGGGACCGUCUUCUCAAACUAGAGUGUUUUCGUUUUCUCCCAGGACCCCCAGGGUCUCCACCGCCUCGCCUCCCCUCGCCUCCCCCUCCGCUCAAAAUCAACAGGCUGGAAGUGAUGGAGAUGCCGGAGGGCACAGCACAGUUGUCAGGCUGCAACCCUGAAUCUCGGUUCCAAGAGUCAGGUAUCGUCUCGGAGUACGGCUCCAACACAGACGACAGUGACGACAGGGAGGGUGAGGGAGAAGGGGAGGACGAGGAGGAAGAGGAUGAGAUGGACUUGUUUGGUUGGGGGAGAGAUGCAGAGACCCUUAGGCUGUUAAAUGUUCUCAACCAAAACGGAACCGCUGACUGUCUGGGAGAUGAAAUAGAAGUGUGACUGUCUGAGCUCCUCUCCUGAAGAGGCUGACUUCAGAGACUACAGCAACUACUGACUGUCAGAUAUACACUACAUGUAUUUGCCAGUGAUCUUUAAUUGAUAUUGUUCUCUCAUUAAUAGCAAGAUGUCAAGUCAGCUCUGUCUGUUUCUGAUAAAAUAUGGAUAGGCCUGAAAUAUUUAGGUGAACUGUUAAAAAGAUCGGCUUACUGUAUUUUCCGGACUAUAAGGCGCACUGGAAUAUACAGUGGGGCAAAAAAAAGUAUUUAGUCAGCCACCGAUUGUGCAAGUUCUCCCACUUAAAAUGAUGACAGAGGUCUGUAAUUUUCAUCAUAGGUACACUUCAACUGUGAGAGACAGAAUGUGAAAAAAAAAAUCCCGGAGUUCACAUUGUAGGAAUUUUAAAGAAUUUAUUUGUAAAUUAUGGUGGAAAAUAAGUAUUUGGUCAACCAUUCAAAGCUCUCACUGAUGGAAGGAGGUUUUGGCUCAAAAUCUCACGAUACAUGGCCCCAUUCAUUCUUUCCUUAACACGGAUCAAUCGUCCUGUCCCCUUAGCAGAAAAAACAGCCCCGAAGUAUGAUGUUUCCACCCCCAUGCUUCACAGUAGGUGUGGUGUUCUUGGGAUGCAACUCAGUAUUCUUCUUCCUCCAAACACGACGAGUUGAGUUUAUACCAAAAUGGAUACAUGGAUGAUACAGCAGAGGAUUGGGAGAAUGUCAUGUGGUAAGAUGAAACCAAAAUAGAACUUUUUGGUAUAAACUCAACUCGUCGUGUUUGGAGGAAGAAGAAUACUGAGUCGCAUCCCAAGAACACCAUACCUACUGUGAAGCAUGGGGGUGGAAACAUCAUGCUUUGGGGCUGUGUUUCUGCUAAGGGGACAGGACGAUUGAUCCGUGUUAAGGAAAGAAUGAAUGGGGCCAUGUAUCGUGAGAUUUUGAGCCAAAACCUCCUUCCAUCAGUGAGAGCUUUGAAUGGUUGACCAAAUACUUAUU